AUGAAAAACAGGACCAUAUUUACCGAGUUCAUCCUUUUGGGCCUCACAAAUCAACCCGAAGUCCAGGCUAUGAUAUUCAUCUUUCUGUUCCUCACCUACAUGCUAAGUGUGCUAGGAAAUCUGACUAUCAUCACACUCACACUGGUAGACCCUCACCUUCAGAUCCCCAUGUAUUUCUUCCUCCGGAAUUUCUCCUUCUUAGAAAUUUCUUUUACAUCCAUUUUUAUUCCCAGAUUUCUGACCAGCAUGACAACAGGAAAUAAGGUCAUCAGCUUUACUGGAUGCUUGAUUCAAUAUUUUUUUGCAAUAUUUCAUAGGGCAACAGAGUUUUACCUCCUGGCCUCUAUGUUCUAUGAUCGCUAUGUGGCUAUCUGCAAACUCUUGCACUACCUGACCCUCAUGAGCAGCAGAGUCUGCAUACAGCUUGUAUUCUGCUCCUGGCUGGGGGGAAUCAUGGCAAUCUUACCCCCAAUCUUCCUGAUGAGCCAGGUGGACUUCUGUGUCUCUAAUGUACUGAAUCACUAUUUCUGUGACUAUGGGCCCCUCCUGGAGCUUGCCUGCUCAGACACAAGCCUCUUAGAACUGGUGGUCAUCUUCUUGGCAGCUGUGAUUCUGGUGGUUACUCUAGCACUAGUGGCACUUUCUUAUGUAUAUAUUAUCAGGACCAUUCUGAAGAUCCCUUCUUCCCACCAAAGGACAAAGGCUUUUUCCACUUGUUCUUCUCACUUGAUUGUCAUCUCCCUCUCUUAUGGCAGCUGCAUGUUUAUGUACAUUAAUCCCCCUGCAAAAGAGGAAGGUGCUUUCAACAAAGGAAUAGCUGUGCUCAUUACUUCAGUUACCCCGUUAUAA